UCUCUCCUAGAAUGAAUGACGUAACUCAACAGUUUUGUACUUUAUUUUCAGGAUUCGGGUAUCCAUUUUGUAUAUGGAUCUAAUUGAUUUUUCCAAGUAUUAAAUUUUCAGGUUAAAAAUUUGCAAAUACUGGGUCAGAUUCGAGUUGGAUCCUCAGUUCCUCACAAAUUCCGAUGGGUCAGUUUACUGAUAUGUAAAAACCAGAAAGUAACCAAUUAUCUAUUGUAUUUACUUUCUAUUGUAGUUGAUGUGGGUUUGGAUAUUUUAAACCUAAAUAACCAAACUAAGAUUUGAUUCAGAUAUUUUAUAUUUCAACUAUCUAAAAAUUAUUAAAAUAUAUAUUAAAUAUGGUCAAAAUCAUCAUAGAUACGAUUGAUUAGGGGACUUUAUAUCCAAGCUAUCUAAUUUUAUUUAUAAAAAAAUAGCUAAAAUAUUUGAUUUAUAAUUUUUAUUUUAGUUAUUAUAAUUAAUACAUAUAUAUAUAUAUUAUGAUACUUAUUUACCUUUAGGUGCGGAUUAUUUUUCGGUGUGGAUUAGGUUUGGAUUUUUGAAUAUAGUGAUAUAGGAUUCAUUCGAAUAUUUAGAUUUGAUCCAAUUAGGCUUGAAUUCUAAUUUUCGGAUUAACUCUGAAACGAUUGUUCGAAUGUAAAUACUUUAUUCUUUCUUUUAAUUAUUUUUUAUUUACUUCAUGUAUUUCUUGGCUGGUAUUCUCGAACUUUGAUGCAAGUUUAUACAUUUCUCCAUGGUUUCAUGGUUAGUUAGUACUCCCUCCGUUUUUUAAUAUCAGUCGUUUUAUAGAAACUUUUUUGUUUUAAAUUAUAUGUCGUUUUCGGUUUUUUAUGUAAUAUUUAUUAAUAAUUAAUGUUGUCUGACCAAUGAUAAUAUAUCUUCUAUUUUUCUAUUGGUUGAAUUGUAGUUAGGUAAAUAAUUAAUGAUGUUUUUGUUUCGAAAAUAUAAAAAAUUAAUGAUUUUCUUAAUCUAUGUGCAUAGCUUUAAAACGACUUAUAUUAAAAAACGGAGGGAGUAAAUAAUUAAAAUAUGUGAAGACAGAAGACUGAUUAAGUUAAACCUGUAAUCGAAUUGGAUUAGUCCCUGAAGAAGUAUAGCUUAAGAAACCAAAGAAGCACAUGGACUUUGUCUCCUCUUGUAAUAGAGAAAAACAGCUGUAACUUCAUAAAAAUAGUAGUUUUAUUCCUUUUCUGACUUUCAACGUCCAAUAGCCACCACUAUUCCCUUUAAAUAAAGAUAACAAAAGGAAAAGUUAAAUUUUAAAAUGAACUAUUGCUGCCAUAGAAAACAUUCAAGAACACUCGUGGCAGCAACAAGUUUGAAACUGGAGACAUCAAUCAUUAGCUUAACUAUUUUAACUUAAAUUAAAUAGGGGAAUCUGAAUAUCGACUUAAUAGCUUUUUAGAGCAUUUCUAACCCAUGACACCAUUUUAAUAUCAAAAUUACAUUAUUUUAAUAUAGUUUUAGCACCAAAUUUUUUUAACCAAAAUAUUAAAUGUUACACCAAAACAGUAUAUUUUUCAUUAUUUUAAUAGAAAUCAUAAUUAAAAUAAUAAUUAUAUUUAAAUAUAAUAUUAUAAUAAUAUAUUAUUAAAGCAUAAUGUUACAUGAAUUAAUUAAACUCACAAAAUUUAAAUUAUAAUAUACUAAAUCUAAAGAUUAUAAUAUUCCAACCACACAUGUUUAAAUAAAUUUUUAUGAAUUUUAAAUUUAAUUUAUAUUUGCUUUAUUUAAGCUAAUAGUUAUAUUAAUUAAAAUAUAACAAAACAAUGAUGAUAUACAAAAAUUAUUUAAUUCAGUUGUAAACUAAUCAUACAAAUCAAAUGUAGUCAAAUAUAAUUAAACAAUACAUAAAUAAAUAGUUAUGAUCAAAAAAAAAUCUCGCUACAGUGUCACACCAAAUAUAGCGUGGCACUGUAGCAAAAAGAUAAUCGCAUAAAUAUGUAGUUGGAUUAGAAAAAGAAAACAUCAAAUCAGACACUAUUUUGGUGUAUUUGCAGUGUUGUUGGAGUUAGCCUGCAGUGUUGUGGCAAGGGAACAAACAAUACAGAACAAGAGAAAUAAACAAAACAGAUGUGAUUGCUAAAAGAACAAACCAAAUAAAUUGAACAAUAACAUCCCUUGAAUGAUGAUCAAACUAAUAUAACAUUGUUUUCACUACAUUAAAAAACAAUGUAAUAGAUAAUAUUAUAUAAGCCUAUAAAAGAGUUUUCAGAUAUUUUCAAACUUGUUUUUUGAAAAAACGUACACUGAUGUAUUAAACUUGUAGAUAAUAUGUAUCUUAACCAAGAUGAAAAUAUAUUUUCGGUUUGAUGUAUCAGUCUAAGGAACAAAGUUAUAUUCCACUAUUUGGCAAAUAUCAUCACACAUUGGCAUUGUCGAGUUCAGUUAGUAGUAAAGUUAUUCUUAUCGGAAAUACACAUUCUAUGUACAUAUUUCACAUAUGUUGUCAAGUGCAAUUAUUCUGAGUGUACCCUGAAAGAAACACACUAUAUGGGCCUGUAGAUAAAGCAAAUAAGCAAUAUAGCCCAAUAUAAAUAGAUGGGCCAAUCAAAGUUUUCUAUUUUUAAUAUUAUUAUUAUUAUAUUAUAGUUUCUUAAUAAUUUUUUUUAACUUAGCAAUGUGUAUUUAUUUUGACGCUGAUAUAUAUAUAACACAAGACAUUUUCCCCUUAUAAGAGUACUAAACUACGUGUAUGGUUUCGGCAUGAUCCACACCCUCCACCCUAUUAAACAAGAAUAAGAUAAUGUGCAAUACAAUUCAAAACCUUUUGUAUCUAACAAUGUACACACACUGUCAAUAAAAUCAGGAAUUUGAUUCUCUAGCUAGUGUAAUCUUUUUUUUCUUCUAUUGAUUUAGCCCAUUAUUUAUCAGUGACUUCCCAUACCAGCACCGAUAAUAGGCCGGCAGAUAUGCCUAUAUAAACCAACCAAAAGACAAAACAUUGAUUUCAUCAAACAUCAAUACUAUAUUCUAAUGGCUACCAAACUCGUCUACAUUCUCCUCAUCCUAUUCACAUUCACCGUAUCUCCGGCGAUCUCAACCGCCCCGAAAGAUUGCGACCUCGGCUCGGAGAAUCCGUGCAUCAACAAAUCUAAGGCUUUACCACUCAAAAUCGUCGCCAUUGUAGCUAUCCUCACGACAAGCUUGAUAGGUGUAAUGACUCCUCUUUUCAGCCGUUACAUUUCUUUCAUCCAUCCUGACGGCAACGGUUUCAUGAUCUUGAAGUGUUUUUCUUCCGGAAUCAUCCUAGGAACUGGUUUCAUGCACGUUUUGCCUGACUCUUUCGAGAUGUUGUCAUCAAAAUGUCUUAAUGAUGAUCCGUGGCAUAAGUUUCCUUUUGCGGGAUUUGUCGCUAUGGUGUCCGGUCUAGUCACUCUAGCCAUUGACUCCGUUACCACCAGCCUUUAUACCGUCAAAAACACAGUCGGACAAGAGCCUGAAGAGUAUGGCAUUGAUCAAGAGAAGGCGACUCACACUAGCCACGGUUAUGGUGUUGUGCUAGCAACUAAAGAUAAUGGAUCUUCUGAUCCACAACUUCUACGGUACCGUGUCAUUGCUAUGGUAUUGGAGCUUGGGAUUUUAUUUCAUUCCAUGGUCAUUGGACUAUCUCUAGGAGCAACUAAUGAUGCAUGCACCAUUAAAGGACUCAUAAUAGCUCUUUGCUUCCAUCACUUGUUCGAAGGCAUAGGUCUCGGUGGCUGCAUCCUCCAGGCAGAUUUUAGAAAUGUGAAGAAGUUCUUGAUGGCAUUCUUUUUCGCUGGAACAACACCUAGUGGUAUCUUUCUUGGGAUCGCAUUGUCAAGUAUCUAUAGAGAUAACAGCCCAACGGCGUUGAUAACGAUUGGGCUGUUAAAUGCUUGCUCGGCGGGAAUGCUCAUCUACAUGGCCCUCGUCGACCUUCUGGCUACCGAGUUCAUGGGAUCAAUGCUCCAAGGUAGCAUCAAGCUUCAGAUCAAGUGCUUUGCGGCUGCUUUGCUCGGCUGCGCCGUAAUGUCUGUCGUCGCCAAGUGGGCUUAAAACACUCUAAUUAACAUAAUUAAUCAAUUAUUUGAUUCAUUAUAUACAUUCAAGGUGAAAAUGAUUCGCCUCUGUACAUUUGAGGGUGUAGUUUUUAAUUUUAUUCCAUACAUUUUAUUUGUAUAUUGACAUAUUGAUUAUUGACAUGGCAAUAUGGCAUUGUAAGAGUUUGAAAUCUACUCUAUUAAUAGAGUCCUACUUUUUAUUUACUUAAAAAUGUUGUCAUUUUAAUUUGGAUAUAUUCACAAUUCUUUAGAGUAAUUAUAACAUCUAUACUAUUAAAGCAGAAUACUUCUUAUGAAUCUGCCCCUAAAUUUUUCUAUUAAUUACAAAACAUUCCAUUUUUUUUUCAAUUGUUUUUUCAAUUGUUUGAAAUGUUUUUCGAAAAUGAAAAGCCCAACAAAUUUGCUACUUACAUUUUUGUUUUAAGCCCAUUAAGUCGUUUUAAAUCUCAUUUACUCAGAAAUUUACGGAAUCAAAUCAAAUAAAAAGAAAAUCCCCUAAUUUGAGGAACACGCAGAAAAAUAUUUUAAUUAUUUGACAUGGUAACUGAAUUUUCGAAAACUAAUAUUAAAAUCUAGAGAGAUUCGAUUUUAAAGAAAAGAUCCCCCAACUUUCUCCUCAAGUUUUUCCUAAAACCUAACACUUUGCUUUGAAUCCGAUCAAUAUUAUAAAUAGGCAGCACCUGUUUCCUAUUAUUAAAUAUUUAUGUUAUUAUAAUUUAAAAUUUAUGAAUUAAUUAAAAAUAUGUAGAAUGAAAAAUGUAACGUCUAUUACAUUUUUCAUAUAAGAUUUAUUUAAUAAGUUAAAAUUAUAAAUAAAUAACCUUACCAAAUAUAUUAUCACAAUAUGAUUAAAUUUAUUGAGUAGGAAUUUACCAUUUUAAAAUCUUUUAACUAAUUAAUUAUUACACAAACAAAAAAUUUUAUUUUAAUAAUAAUUAAAAAAAUAAAGAAGAUAAUAUUAUAAAAAAUGACUAUAAACAAAUUAAAAAAUCUAUUAAAAUAUAGAUUAGACAAAUAUUUAUUAAUUUAAAUGAAAUUUUAAAAAGAAUCGAUCCCGCGCUUUGAAAGCGCGGGUCAAAAUCUAGUUCCUUAUUAUAGCUUAUACAAUAUAACUUCUGUUUAAAAAACAAAGUAUAUUCUUAAAUUUGAUUCUUCUGUCUGGACCUAUUCACAAAAAUAACUUCGUAUUUGAAUCGUUGACUGUGUAAACUAUACUUCUUUUGGUAAAAUUAAACUAUAAUUCCUUUGAAAAUAUUAACCAAAUUUAACCAAUACGACAUACUUAUCAAUUAUUCAAACAUUUACACAGUUUAUACGGUUUCUCUUUACAAGUUUCAAUUUUUUCUUCUCCUCAUUAUCUCAUGUUUGAAUCUGUUGAAGUAACUCUAAAUAAUAACUAAGUUCAAAAAAAAACUAAAUGAUAAUAAUUUCUUCUCCACACUGUAAUGGAUGUAUUGUUUCUCAUAAAACAAAUUUACCCACACCUCAUCUUCAUUCAUAUGUGGAUGAUUGAAUUCAUCAACAUCUAUAAUAAAUUUUUGCAAUUUGUAUUAGUUUACUUUUCAUGUGUUCAAGAAUUAAUAUAUUUAACAUUUUAAAAAAAAAAUUUCACUUUAUGCUCACAAAUAUUAUAUAUAAAAAAUUAUAUAUAAUAAAAAUAAAAUGAUAUGUUUAAUAUAUUGUUUAUCAUAAACUUUCAAUAUUUUAAAUAAAAAUUAAUUAAAAUAUAGUUUUCUUUGAUUAUAAAAAAUAUUUAAAAAUCAAAUAAUUUAAAAUAUAAAAAAUAUAAAAAUUUAAAUUAAAUAAUCAAAAUAUAAUUAUCGUUCACAUGAAUCAAUAUCUACCAUUUUGGUUCAUAGAAUCUGUAUAAGUCUGCAGUUGAUGUCAAAAAAAAAAAAUAUAUAUAUAUAUAUAAUCUGCGUAACGCGGAUAAGAAUCUAGUAAUAAUUACAUAUGACCUUGUAAAUGUUUUUUUAAGAAUCUGGGAUUUAUUCUUCUUUGGAUAUUAUUGGGUUUUGCUGAUUAAUCAUCAGUGGUAGUUAUAAAUUAGGUCUGAAUUCUGAAACUACAGUGCCAUGGAUAUCAAAGCUAUACGGAUUAAUGCUAUAUCUCAUAUUAGAAUUUUAUCGGCUUAAAAUUAAAUUACACAGUAUUCAUGACAACUACCAACAUUAACAAACACAUAUAGGGCCACGGAUAGGGUACUCUAAAAAUAGCAUAAACUCAUUAAUAACAAACUAAAGCACAUAAAAUUGUAUGUCUUACAUUUCUUUAAAAUGACCUCUAAGUCUCUAACCAUAUUCUGUCAGAUUGGAUACACGAGAAUCAUCUAUUUAUAUAUUUAUCGGAUUACUUAUGUACAUAUUUGAGCUUAUCCUUUUUACCAAUAUAUAUAUAUAUAUAUAUUUGAACUUAUCCAUUGUACCCUAUAAAUUACAAUAAAAUACAUAGUAAUUAAUCAAAUUGCAUAUAUGUAGUUCAUUCCACUUCAUUUUUUUCAGAGAACACGGUAAAUGGAAUGACUGAAGAAUAGACUAUAUAAGUUAUGCCAACUGGAAUAUUUGUAAAUUUUGAGUCUCUAGAGACGAACUGAACCAUUUCAUUCUUUUAUCAUCUUGUACUAUUCAUUUCAAGGAUAUGUAAAUGAAUUUUGAACACGGUGUUACAGCGACUUAAUAUAGUUUUAGCAUUAUCUUUUGUAAAAUUAUAUACUUUUCUUUAUAUAUUAAUUGAGAACAUUAUAACAUAUGGGUUUUGUCCAGUUCAAAAAAAACAUAUGAGUUAUGUUAUGUAUCACACUAUAAUAAUUAUUAGAGAUUUUAAAGAAAUAUAUGGGUUUAUCUAAAUAUAUAUUGUAUUUCUUAUUUUUUUUUUUUAACUCUUAAUAACUUUCAUUCAAAUAAGGGGCGGGGGGGGGGACAAGAUAGACCUCAGUCCAAACCAGUUUGAAAACAAACAGAACACAAGCAAAUAAAUUAAGGGAACCAA